AUGGCAAAAUGGCUUGGACCAAUCUCAUUACUUUCAACAUUCACUUCUUCCAAAACACUCCAAGAUCGCGUCGAAUCUCAGUACAAGAUGGAUUUACUACCACUGCGCACCAGACACGGAAGGAAAAUGAUUAGUAAACGCACUGGUUUAUCGCGUUCUGCACUGCAUGGUGGAGACAGUUUGAUUGGCUUCAUCUCCACUGAUCCACGCUCGGGUGCAAAUAGUGGCAUGAAUCAAAUACCCCCAGUUACAGAGCUGUUUGACCAGGCGGUGGUUGCCACCACGCAGGAGCGCCAUGGAUUCGCAGAGCGUAUUGCGAAGGAUAUCAUUGACAAGCAGGCUAGCACAGUGCCUCUUGUGAACGUGAUCGUGUCAAAGGCAUUGAACCCCGAAAUGUGUCUUUCUGCAGCCGGCUGUGGAGUCGACAUAUUGUGUGAUAUUGUGGUGAAGGUGGUUGGUGAGCUCGGGUUCAAUCAAAGAGGGGAGUUCGUGGGUUAUUUGACGGAAGUAAUUUUGAAGAAGACAAAGUCAAACUGGGCGAUAGACUCAGAGACGUUCGGGUCAAUGUACCGGGAACGGGGCCAAUGGGGCCAUGAAACUCAUCUCCAGAAUCACAUCCGUUGCGCGCUGUCUUUCAGCCGUUUCGUCGGCGAGCUGUUUAUACGAGACGUCAUAUCCCGUCUAACCGUCGACGAGUGUCUCUGCGUCAUCCUAGACUCCAUACAGCCGCACAGCGCAUAUGUAGACUCUCUAGUUGGUGCCACGCUUAUCUUAGAUCGCGCGGGCCCAAAAAUUUGGGAUUGUCUCGAUUUGCAGGGCAAGUUCACCACAUUCUUACGGCCGAAGAUCGAGCAAGUGGAAAGGCUCAUGCGUCGACUGAGAGUAGCAGAGCGUCUAGUAAUUGAGGCAGGAGAUAUGACCAUUGUGAGUCGCGGGGUAAUUGCUUCUGCAAAGGAUAUGAGUCGGGAGGAUGUAUCAGCAAAGGGGGUUGUCGAUAGGCUUUUCAAGGUCAUUGAUAGCUAUGGGGGAUUGCCGUUCGAUAACUUCGAGGCCUAG